ACAUUUCUGCAAUGGGUGUUGUUAAAAACGUGUGUGUGUUUUAAUUAAACGCUUAAAAAUAUUACAAACGAGCGUUGUACGUUACCUCAGAUGCAUCAACCGGCGUAACGUUUACGUUAGCAUUCACGCUAACGCGCUCGAGCACAUUCUUGUUCACUAAGAAUAUAUUUCGUUAUCAGUUAGAGGUUAUGUUUUUCACACUAUGUGCUGAACACCCACAAUGCCAGGAAAUAUUUAAGAACUGUGAUCUUUGGAAGAGCUUUAUCGGUUCCAGUGGAACCUUUAGGACUUAUCGUCGUAUUGUUUUACGCAAAACGCACAUAGACACAAAUGCAGCAAUAAGAGAAGAUCUUGGGGACCGGUGCAUCACAGACCGCGCUUCGCUACAAUGCCCGUACAAGCCCCGCAAUGGACCGAGUUUCUGUUGUGUCCCAUCUGCACACAAACCUUCGAGGAGAGCCACCGCAAGCCCAUCAGCUUGGGCUGCGGCCACACCGUGUGCAAAAUGUGCCUGAACAAAUUGCACCGCAAGGCCUGCCCGUUCGACCAGACCACCAUCAGCACGGACAUCGAGCAGCUGCCCGUCAACACGGCGCUGUUGCAGCUCGUCAGCGGACAGGUUCCCAAACCUUCCCCCGUCACCCUACUGACAGCUGCAGAGGACGUCAAGCACUAUGAGGAGUCGCGCACAUGUGUGGAGGACCUGGCUCUUUAUCUCAAACCCCUGAGCAACACCAGAGGUGCAGGGCUGAAUGGCGCCGCUCAGAGCGUUCUCAGCAGACCCAUGCAGAGGAAGCUGGUGACUCUGGUGCACUGCCAACUGGUAGAAGAGGAGGGCCGCAUCCGGGCCAUGCGGGCGGCUCGCUCUCUGGGUGAACGUACCGUCACUGAGCUCAUCCUCCAGCACCAGAACCCCCAGCAGCUCUCAUCCAAUCUGUGGGCCGCCGUCAGAGCCCGAGGCUGCCAGUUUCUCGGCCCUGCUAUGCAGGAAGAAGCACUGAAGCUGGUCCUGCUCGCUCUGGAAGAUGGCUCAGCCCUCUCGCGGAAGGUUCUGGUCCUGUUUGUCGUCCAGAGACUCGAACCACGUUUUCCUCAGGCCUCAAAAACCAGCAUAGGACACGUGGUGCAGCUCCUCUACAGGGCCUCCUGCUUUAAGGUGACCAAGCGUGACGAGGAUUCCUCCUUGAUGCAGCUGAAGGAGGAGUUUCGCACAUACGAGGCUCUUCGGAGGGAACACGACUCUCAGAUCGUUCAGAUCGCGAUGGAGGGCGGCCUGCGUAUCGCCCCUGACCAGUGGUCAUCUCUACUGUACGGCGACCAGUCACACAAAUCCCACAUGCAGUCCAUCAUAGACAAGUUGCAGACACCAGCAUCCUUUGCUCAGAGCGUGCAGGAACUCACCAUCGCCCUGCAGAGAACCGGAGAUCCAGCCAAUCUCAACCGUCUCAGACCCCAUCUGGAGCUGCUGGCCGACAUCGACCCCAGCCCAGACGCCCCUGCGCCCACAUGGGAGCAGCUAGCCAAAGGGCUGGAAGCGGUGCGGACCGUCGUUCACGGCUUGGUGGAUUUCAUCCAGAACCACAGCAAGAAAGGAGGCGAUCAGCAGCAGCCACCUCAGCACAGCAAAUACAAGACCUACAUGUGUCGGGACAUGAAACAAAAAGGCGGCUGUCCUCGUGGAGCAAGUUGCACCUUCGCUCACUCUCAGGAAGAGCUUGAAAAGUACCGUAAGAUGAAUAAACGAAUGGGAAUGAGGCGACAGCUCAGCCAGUCCCUGACCCAGCUGAACGAGAUGGACCUCGGCGCUGGUCUGUUGUCUGAUGACGGGCCGCCCAUAGAGGGACUCCCACGCAAACCCUCCUCCAUCACUAACGUCAUCCUAGCAUCAGGAACCGACCCCACUUUGGCCCACCUGGUUUCCAGAGGCCCGGACCAGUCAUAUGACCCAACACACAAACCGGACAAGAAGGACUCUGGGAGCCUCAGUGCACCUGGCUCACCUCCAAACUUAUUGGAACCCAUCCCGAAGCCAGGGAUGCUAAUGAAUUCCCACUCCAGGAUGGCUGGCGAUGGCGCAGUGGGACAGAAGCACAUGUCUGCGGUGCCUAGAGUUCCUCACAUGUAUUCACCACACCAGUCUGAACUGUAUUACUCUGAGACCAGAGGCCCUCUGCCACCCUCCGGCCAAUAUGAAUCCAACCAGUACCCUGCAGCCAAUCCUUAUCCUCACCACCACGUCCACUCACGCUACGCCCGUCACCCCGCUCCAGAUCCAGGCAUGCCACCAUAUCCUGACUCCUAUUCCAGUUCCUACAACUCAGAGCGCCAGUGCACCAACUCCCAUUACGGAUACCCUUCACACCACGAUGGCCGUCGCCACUCAUCCUACUCUCAUCCUCAAACGUUCCCCCCGCGGGACGAGCUGGUCCGUAGGAGUCCGGAUAUUCCCCCACCGCUACCACCCCAAAGCUCUUCAUACCUGCCAGAACCAGACAGCUAUAACCACUCCAGUCAGAUCAGGAAUUAUCAAAGGAAUCCCUACACACGAACUCAGCCCUCCCUAGACUACCUGCACCGUCGAAGACAGGAGAUCAUGGCCCAGCUCGAGGACAGAAAGGUUGCUUCCCCCUCACCCUUCAGCUCCUCGCACUCGUACGAGCCCAGCUACCCUCAGGACAUGAGGGGACAGAGCCAUUACAUGGAAGAGAACUCCCACGGUUUUGGACACUUCCGGGAAUCGGACUACACCAGCUCAUAUUCGCCUUGGUCAUGUGACACCUUCGGUUCCUACAUCGGCGGCAAGGAGAUAAAGUCCAAAGAGGGCAUGAAUGCCAUGGACGCACAAAAUUUAGACAAAGGCAAAAGCCUGAGAGUACACGGCUUGGAGCUUCAACGCAGAGCGGCAGAAGUCAAAGACGACGACCCCAUCAUUCCCUUUGGCUCCCUGCCGACCGUGUCUCGUUUUGGAGUCAUCUCGCGCACGUCUAAACCGGGCUACCCGCCAAACAGCCCCAUGCCAUCCUUGCCAAACUCAGCCAAACACAAUGCUUCUGCUGCUGACUACACCUAUGCGAAUCACAGCGGGUGGAGUGGCGACUCCUACCAGCCACACCAAACGUCUCAGGGGCACUUCAGCGAGCGAUCCAGUUUAUCCCCUGCCGUGCAGGCGCGUGAGCAGCUGAGGAUGGAGCUACAGCAGGUCAACCUGCAAAUCAGCCAGCAGACGCAGAGUCGCGGCCUGGAGAACCCGAGCUCAGUUAUGUCUCAGUCAUCUCGAGUGGACUGGUCAUCUGGGAAUUUGUCCAGUGAACAGCUGAGUCUCGAGCUGCACCAGGUGGAGAGAGAUAUCGUCAUGAGGACACAGGAGAUGGCCAUGGAGAACCACGAUGGCAAGUACAAGCGAGUCUCAGUCGAAAAUGGACAAGACGAACAUGCUUUGCAACGAGAUGAGCAUCCACUUACUCUUAGUGAGGGCUCAAACGGCUCCAUCAGUCUGGUCCAAGACUGCGGUCUCGUCAGCAGCAGCAUGUCCUCACUAACCAGCAAGACGUCAUCUCUCAGUUUGUCCUCCGAACAGGUGGCCAGCAGCCCUGAUUUACCCAAGAACGGAGUCGUCCACUCCUAGCCGGCUCUUUCUACCUCAGAUUCCCCUUCGGCAACAACCACCGCCCCUCUCCUAUGCCAGGUUAAAUCCUCUAAAGCAGGAUGCUCCAUCAAUGCUGUAUAACACCCGCCAUUCAUUCGCUUAAUCCUAAGCGUUUCGCUUUCUCCGCUGACCCUCAAACACGCAAACAUGGGUGGAGUUUGGGUGGGAUUCACUGUGCAUGUGCCUCAACAGACUUGCACAAUCAUGCCCUGGUUUUGUUUCCUUUUACAGCAGUAUCUGCUGUCGAGUAUUUUCUUCCUGUUUUUUUGUUCACCCUCUUCCUGAGACGAGCCUUUUUCCAUGCCGCAUAAAUCAGGGUGAAUCCGAAAAACCCUCAGUCUUAAGUAUUCGUCAGGCUAUCGUUAAUCCACUCUCUUGGGUUUCAAAAUUGCGUUUUUAUCAUGUGCUACGUUUUCGGUAGUUCCGCUCUUGCUCGUGCUUGGUGUGGCGUUUACACUUACACUUCUGUCAGAGUUUACAGUGUUUAAAUUCAUUGUUUUUUUUAUGAUAACAGCAGGCUUGCUGCAUAUUCAACCAAUGGAAACCAUUUUGCUUUAUCAUGACGGUCAAAACUAUGUAUUGUGUUUCAAACAUUAGGCUUCAUUACAGUGUGAUCGUUAUAGUAAUGCUCUAAACCCAAAUGUUCACUGAUUUAACCUCAAUUGCACUCAUGCCAACAAACCCAAAAGCCUUUUCCAGUCUUAAUAGGGCCCUUGUAUUGUUUUCAGCAUAUUAUACUACACCGCCUGUGGGAUUUCGAUUGAACCGCCUGUAAUCAUCAUCUUCUGUUCUGUUCUGUAAUGUCCUCAGGGAUGCAUUAUUCGGCCUCUAUAUUUUGUGGACGUGAAUAGAAAUAACAAUCCAGAUCACUCUGGUUUUUUCAUAGUGGGUAUAGUUACAUUUUUCCAUCCUGAGGAUGGAAAGAAACCUACUACGGUGAUGCAUAAAGAUGCAUUCUGUUGUAAGAAUGCGUAAAUACUACUCUUCACUUUGUCAGUGAAAUUACGAUCUUCGGAUCGAGCCACGUUUGAGUUUUUUUUUGUAUAUGUGGUGUUUUUCAUCCUGAAAGAUGUGGCGUUUAUUCAAAGCAAAAAGAAAGACUUUGAUCCAGUCGUAGCUGCCUCAAGACUCUCCUUCAUUUUCCGUUUCGUCUUUGAAGUUUGAAGAACGUUGUUUUGAUGGGCCGGUUCGAUUGAAAUCCCCUACAGGCUGGGCUCAAGCGUGUACAUCACAGUCCUCCUCGACUUCAUUGUACUACUGAUGGGAGAUUAAAAAGCUCGAAUACUUUGCUUUUCAGUCAGGUGUCUUGAAGGAAACUGUUUGGACUUGAAAAGCUGGGAAUAGUUCACCCAAAAAUGAAAAUUGCUGAAAAUGUACUCGCCCUCAGGCCAUCCAGGAUGUAAAUGAGUUUGGUUCUUCAUCGGAUUUGAAGACGUUUAGCAUUACAUGACUUGCUCAACCACUACAAUCCAGACAGCUGAUAAAAACUUCACAAUAGUCCACAGAACUCCAUUGAUUAAUCACAAUUAAUCGCAUCCAAAAUAAAAGUUUUUGUUUACAUAAUAUAUAUGUAAUGUGUAUAUUUAUUAUGCGUAUAUAUAAAUACACACACAUACAGCGUAUAUUUAGAAAAUAUUUACAUGUAUUUACAUGUAUAUAUUUUUAUUCAUACAAUUAAUAUUAUAUCUAAAUAUAUUUAAUAUAUAAACAUAACAUUUUACUAAAAUAUAUCCAUGCAUGUGUGUGCAUUUAUCUAUACAUAAUAAAUAAACACUGUAAAUACACACAUAUUAUGUAGAUAAAAACUUUCAUUUUGGAUGCGAUUAAUCGUUUGAAAGCAAACGACAGCAGACGAGUUUGUAAUAAAUCCUUCUUUAAAACGCUUUUAACUUCGAACUGUUGCUUGCCGCUAAAAUACCAGUCCAUAAUAUUGCUUUCUACAAUGAAUAACAUCAUUGUUUGAACCAAAAGAGAAAUAUGACCACAUCAAGCACAUUUAGAACCAAAAAUGAUGUAAAAAGAUAUGGACUAUUGAUGGGGGAGGACAACCGUGGAUAGACCUUUUCACUGGAUGAAACGUUAUUAUGGAUUAUGGACUCAUAUUUUGGACCGAAGCAAUAGUUCAAAGUUAAAAUGAAAGAAAUUUGAUGUGAAAAGCUGCACAUUUGUAUAAAAAGACGUUAAUUGAUGGAUUGGAGUCGUGUGGAUUACUUAUGGAUGUUUGGAUUCUUAAAGAUUGGUGAAUUUUUUUCAAUCUUGGAUGGCCUGAGGAUUAGUAAAAUUUCAGCGAAUUAUCAUUUUUGGAUGGACUAUUCCAAUAAGAGAGCCAAACCACUAAGCAUGAAUGCUUUCAUAUUUCACAUUUUUCAGAAUUGGUUUUGUUUCCAACCCAACCAAAAAUUGAGUAGUUGCAUCAAUCCAAGUGAGCUUUAGAGUCCCACCACUAGGUGGUUCUCCAAUGUUUUUGGGUGUAAAAGUAAAACUUUGUAGAUUCUGCAGACGUUUGUCACAUUAUCUGUGCAGAUUUCAGAAAUCUAGUUAUCAAACAAACAAAAAUAAAUAAAUAAUAAACAACAUGAAGAAAAAUGUGGAAUUUGCCUUAUCGUUAAAGUACACAACAACAUAUUUCCGUCAGCCAGUUGGUUUACCAAAACACUUGCACUGUACAUCUCAAACUUGCAUUCUUCCUUGUAGUUUCUUCCUCGGUGGUGAGAUCUCAUCACUUACGAAACACUGUCAUGCCUCAAUAAUUUAGCUUUAAGUUGGAGGUUAGUCUGUUUUAGCUUUUUGUUUUCUGCUAGCAUAUAAUGGUCUCUUGAGACAUCCUACCGCAACCUUAAAAGCACCUAUUUUGGUGGAACUUUUCUUAAGUUGGAGUUGAUUUAUUGUUUGUAUUAUUUUCGUUAUUACUGUCGCUUUGGUCUGAGCUUUUGACAUUUAAGCAAUCGUCAAGAUUGGAUAUCGCAACUUCAUUUAGGAAACCGCUGUGAAGCACAGUGUAGAUUUUAAGGAUAGCACGAAUCCAAAAUUUGUUUGAAAGAAACAGAGAAAGCUUUUUGUUGUUUGUUUAAAGCCACUAAAUGGAUUACGCGAACGCGAAAAGGCAUGUUAAACGCUCUUGUAAGCCUUUUUAGGAUCUAGAAUAAGAAGAUCCACAAUGGGUAACCAUCAUUUUUUUGUUGUUGUUUUAAAGGAACACCUCUGUCUUUAUCUCAGGGUUGAUUUUAGUAUAUUUGGGUGUAAACAUCAUGUUGCGCGCUCUUUGUUUUGUUUGUUUGUUCUUCAGGACUGCAAUUGUCGCUUAACCAGUUUAGAGACUUGAAGACUUAAAGACUGUGCCUUUAUGCAGAUCUGCAGUUGUUCAUGCGUUGGGUAUUUAGAUGUAGCUGAACCAUCUCUAUUUAUAAUAUUCAACUCCUCUCAGUCUUCAAAGUCAGCAUUUAUAUUAAAUGAUCUCUUCGAAUCUGCAGGCUUUCAGACCGCCAAACAGAGUACUGCCUAUCCUUUCUGAGACAAAGGAAUUUUUUGCCAGGUCAUUUGUUUUUCUAGCCAUUUUGUGUAUGUUUCAUGCAAGUGAACUUGAGUAUUUAAGCAUGUUUCAUAGUGUGAUGGUGGUCUUUUGAUGUUUGGGUUCUUCGAAGAGUCUGAAUUGGAACAGGAAAACAAAGACAAGUCUGUGUAUUUUGUCAUAGUUUGAUAUUGAUAUUUUAGAGAGGAAAGUAUCAAGGAUUAUUUUCAUAUUUAAUGACAAUAUUGGAGCUUUGAUGAUACUGAUAAACAAAUCAAGGUUUACUGCUCUCAUAAAAGCCAUUAAUACAAUUCCUAUGUACCUAACGAAGAUUUUCUUAAACGAAAUGCAGAUUGUAUAAACUCUUGCAGAAGGGCUUGAUUUAUUGUGGUUUUGAAAUUCUGUAUUUGAAGUCAGCCGUUUGAAAACCAACUGUUUUGAACUAUUGUUGCAAAGCAACAUUUACAUGAUCACCCAUGAGCCAGUGGGAAUCACUGUCGAUUUGAAAAGGGAACCAAAAUGUUUACCAAGGUGAAUCACAUGAAACUUGUCACAUUUCACCCCAAAAUAUCCCAUUUUUUGCUUUGUGAAUAGCAUUUUCAUAAGCACUGAGUAAUACGUUAAAAAUAGAAAAAAAAAAAGUUUAUAAGUUAAAUUAUUUAUAUAUCAUUGUAAUAGUAGGGGGUCGACCGAUAUGUUUUUCUUUCCCAGGGCCGAUGCAGAUACCGAUUAUUACAGAUCAAGUAGACCGAUAACCGAUAUUUUUGAACCGAUUGAACAAUUAAGAAUAACACAGGCUCUCACAAAAUCUCUUUAAAUGCUAUUAAAUUAUUAAAUUACAUCACAAAUCAAUUUUGAAAGUCAUCAAUACCAAUAACCAUUAAAAUGCUUAAUAUCUGCGCCGAUAAUCAGUCGAGCCCUGGUUUAUAGUACUGCCUGUUUUUGGAUUUAAAAAAAAACGUUUCUGUUACUGAAUUGCAAAGGGGUGUCACAAUAAAUAAAUUCAUGGAUCAAUUCUGUGAUUUGUUUUCAAAUGCAUCAUGAUUCUGUCUGGAAUCAAUUCUGAGGUUAGUUUUUAACACAUUUCACCCCAAAAUAUGUGCAUUUGCAGUUGCAUUGUGAAUAUUAUAUUCAUUACAUAAAGCACAGAGUACUACUUUAUUGUAAUACAUUAUCAAAAAUAAAUAAAAUAAUUAUUGAUACAUCAUUGUAACGUUUAUAGUAGGCGUUGACCGUUAUGUUUUUAGGGCCGAUGCCGACACAGAUUAUUACAGUAGACCGAUAUUUUGAACCGAUAUAUAUGUCUGGCGUAAAAAUUAAAAUUAACGUCAAAAUUAAGAACAACAAGGGCUCUGACAAAAACUCUUUAAAUGCUUUUAAAUUAUUUUAAAUCGACAAAUUGGUUUUGAAAAUUACCGAUACCGAUAACCAUAAAAAUGUUUAAUAUCGGUGCUGAUAAUCAGUCAAGCCCUAGUUUAUAAUAUUAGGUUUUAAUUUAAAAAAUGUAAUUGAUAAAUCAUUGCAGUGUUUACAGUAGGGGUUGACAUAUGCAUUUUUCAGGGCCAAUGCUGAUACAGAUUAUUACAGAUCAAGUAGACUGAUAACCAAUAUAUACAUGUCUGGUGUAAAAAUUAAUGUCAAAAUUAAGAAUAACAAGAGCUCUGACAAGAACUCUUUAAAUGCUUUUAAAUUAUUUUAAUCGACAAAUCGGCUUUGAAAAUUACUGAUACCGAUAACCAUAAAAAUGCUUAAUAUCGGUACAAUAAUCGGUCAAGACCUAGUUUAUUAUAAUAGUUUUAAAUUUAAACAAUUUUAAUUAUUAAUACAUCAUUGUAAUGUUUACAGGAGGGGUUGACAGAUAUGCAUUUUUCAGGGCCAAUGCUGAUACUGAUUAUUACCGAUCAAGUAGACUGAUAACCUAUAUUUUGAACCGAUAUAUAAUGUGUUUUUUUUUCAGGGCAGAUGCUGGUACCAGUUAUUACAGAUCAUUUAGAUGAUAAUCAAUAUUUUUAAUAAUAUACAUGUCUGGUGUAAAAAUGAAAAUAAAGUCAAAAUAAGAAUAACAAGGGCGUUUUUUUUUUUAAUGCUUUUAAAUCAUUUUAUCGGCAAACUGAUUUUGAAGACAACUGAUACCGAUAACUAUAAAAAUGCUUAAUAUCGGUGCCAAUAAACGGUCGACCCCUUGUUGAAAGUACUACUUGUUUUUAAUUAAAAAAAAAAACAGUUUGUUACUGUAUUACAUAAGGUCGUCAAAAACUAGUUUAGAAUUGAUUAAAGAGAGGAAAAAAAAUGACGGAUUCAGAAAAAUCGCUGAAUCGAUCCACGAAUCGAUUUUCCUGCAUUGUGGUAAUGACAUUUUGUAAGCAUCUUUCAAUACAAACAAACAAAUCUUAAUAAUCCUAAAGAUGUGUUUUAUUUUAAUGCAGUUUAUUAAAAUUCUGUUGAUUUUGAGGUGAAAUUUGACACUUUUUUUCAUGAGGUUCAUCUACCCAGUGCUGACUUCUUAAAAAAAUAUAUUGUAUUUAUGAUUAGUGUGUAAUGAAAAGCCUCAAAGUUUCUUCACUGGAACUCAUUUUCUUAUUGUGAUUGUUGACUACAUUCAGGUUUCGUGGUUUAAAAUGCGAAUGUAGAAUUAAUUGGUGUCAAUCAUCAUAAAAACUAGAAAAGUGAGUGACACUUGGUGCCUGAAACACCCAAGAUUGUAGUAUGUUUUCCCACAGAGAUAAAUGAUUAAUGGUACAUAUUGUUCCCUGGCCUGAAGGGGAAAGUAUGUGCCGUGCACAUACACACGUAGUAGAUUUAUGAGAAGUCAUAAUGUUACUUGAAAACAAAGGUUGUGCACAAAUACAGGCUUUAGUGUUUUAGCUUCUAGCUGUAGAAAGUAGUUUUGAAACGAAUGAUUGUGUUUGUUCAAGUGUGUCCAAAGAGAGUGCUGUCCAUCUUAUUUCUGUAUGUUUGUUCCCACUGUAACUCAUUGCUUGCACUCAUGUAUUGACUAUUUUUUUUUCGUGAGAUGGGGUGUUGCAUUGUGGUCUUUUCACCAUGAUUUCUAACAUCGGGAUAUAUGAUUGUUUUUGAUGAUUUCUCCCAUGUUAUCUCAUGAUAGACUGCUUAAAUUAAGGUACACUUUAACUUCAACCUGAAUAAGAAAGUAAAUGUUUGUAUAUUAUACUCCAUUAAGGAAUGUUUAGAAUAUUUCUCCAAUGUGGAUGUAGUUGUAAUACCUUUUUUUUUUUCUCUUUGUACAAGAAUUCACUGUGUGAAAUUUUGGAUUGCAUUUUUGUAUAAUACAAUUGCUUUUCUUCUUUAAGAGGGCAGGGGGUAUUACUAACUGGAUUUUUUGAAUUAGAUAUCGAAAAACUUGAAAAAAAUUAUUUAAUAAGAAAUGUAUUUUAUGUGCAACAGUGAUUCUGGCAUGGAUUAUGAAUAAAUAAUAUUGUAAACCAC